AUGCCUGAAUUUCGAGAACCAGUCACCGAUACGGAGCGUGUGCUCCGCGAUGCCUGCAGCUUCGUGCUCCAAGUACCAGCCUCCAACAUCAACCUCGAGCGUUCCUUUGUGGCUAAUGGUGGCGACUCCAUUUCUGCCAUGCGCGUAAGCCCACGCUGCAAGGCAGCUGAAGUAGUCGUUCCGGUAGCCACGCUUCUCACGAACAAGUCACUCGCCGAUGUGGCGGCACACGUUUCUUCGUCCAGUGCUGUGGCGUCUUCGUUUAUCACUCAGUCCAAAGAGCUUGAAGAGGCGGCUACUGGAGUGACUACUGCUUGCCCCCAAACGGAGCCUUUCAGUCUCCUGCAUCUUUCGAAGAGCGAGCUUGACGACCUUCUCGCGCAGAUUGCUCCGACCCUGUGCACUCCGACGAGCCAAGUGCGCGACAUCGCGCCGACGACACACACGCAAGCGCUCUGUGCCGAGGCCGCCAUGUACACGCCGCCUCAAGGCUUCUACAUUUUUUACAUUGACAUACCAGAAUCAGCUCAGCUUGAGACCAUCGCUGCCUUUGCUCAGGAGCUGUGGGAUCAAAUCGAUAUGUUGAGGACAGUCUUUAUCCAACGGCCUGAUUCGAGCGAUCUUUUGCAAGUCGUCACAGCGCAGUCUCCCGCGCCUCUACAAAUCCAUACCGUCAGCGAAACGGAAAAUCUCCACGAGAAAUCCGAACGAAUAUUUGCGGAGAGCAUUCAGUCUACCUUGGAGCCAGGAGCGCUCUGGACAAAGUUUAUAGUGCUUCACCGUUCGGGAAUCCCCACACGCCUGGCCUUGCGCCUAUCUCAUGCACAUUACGACGGGAUGAGUCUCCCUCCACUCUUGGAGUGCCUUGCGGCUACAUUGCAAAAAAAGCCGUGGCCUAUCAUUCCAAAGUUUGUCGACUAUGUUGCCCACGUCUACGAGAAGAACGAACAAACGCUGCAGCAUUGGAGGAUGACACUCCUAGGCUCUAAACCUUUGCCUCUCCAGCCCACAGGAGAUCAGAGCCGGAUAUUGACAAGCACAAGCGUGAUACAAUGUCCUCCCAAGGUGUCUGACUCUACCGAAGCCAGUGUUUUUCUAGCCACAUGUGCCGAGACCCUGGCUCGCCUCCACGACACCCGAGAUGUCCACUUCAGCCUCACAGUUUCUGGUCGGACCCUUCUCCCUGGAAGUCUGGACAACAUAGUCGGCCCUUGCCUCAAUCAGGUGCCUCUGCGAGUGGUAUUGCCACCAGAACCGAGUUUCAUCACGACCGUGGGUCUCGUGCGGCAGGCGCAGCUUGAUAUGCUGCCCGCAGAGAUGGCGACUCUGCAAGAUAUCUACAGAACCUGUACAAAUUGGCCAGAGGAGCAUCAAAAGAUGAUGUACAAUGUCCACUUUCAUGAUCUUGACUCUCGAUCGAUUGACUUGCUCGGCGACGGGGUGCAGACGCCAUUGCUGACACACGAGCCUCGCGGUGUGUGGGAGCACUCUGAAGCGAUUUGGAUGGUUGCUAGCCCUGUAGAUGGCACUUGGCAAAUCGUAUUAAGUGGCAAUGCGUCACACUGUACAUCCGGGUAUUUGGACAAAAUUUCGGACACACUGGCUCUUGUCGUCGCCACGGCAGAUGUAUAG